CAGGAAGUACCAAGAGGGUCAUAUGACUAAAGAAAGAUGGCCGCGGUGCAGUGGCGCUCCCGCGGGCGCAGCUAUGAGGCCGAGCUGCAGAAGUGUCGUCCUGAGGCGGCUCUGGUUGAGUUUGGAGACUACCAUCCCAUCAAGCCCAUAAUGGUGACUGAUACAAAGACCCGCCGUGGGGCUCGUAAAGGAAGCACCUCCUCCACUUCCUCCUCCUCUUCCUCAGUGCCCCCGGACCCCCUCAGCUCCAUGCUGGAUGGGACUGACCCCUUGUCCAUGUUUGCAGCAGCCUCAGCCAUUGAACCUCCAGCCAUUUCACACAGCGCCUCCACAGGGGACCUCGGAAGGAAGAGGAGGGAGAAGGAUGAAGAGGCCGUGGGACCCGACUUUGAGCCCUGGUCAUCGAAGCGUGGAGACAUCCUGGCCCGGUUCACCACCACCGAAAAACUCUCCAUCAAUCUUUUCAUGGGCUCUGACAGAGGAAAAGCUCCCACUCCAGGAACCUCAGCUGUUUCAGAGAAAGUCCGCACACGCCUGGAGGAACUGGAUGAUCUGGAAGAGGGUUCCCAGAGAGAGCUGCUGAACCUCUCCCAGCAGGACUAUGCCAACCGCAUUGAGGAGCUGAACCAGUCCCUGAAGGAGGCGUGGGCCUCCGACCAGAAGGUCAAAGCUCUGAAGAUCGUCAUUCAGUGCUCCAAGCUUUUGUCUGACACCUCAGUGAUCCAGUUCUACCCCAGCAAGUUUGUCCUCAUCACCGAUAUCCUUGACACCUUUGGUCAGCUAGUGUACGAUAGAAUCUGGAGCAUGUGUUCGGACCCACAAACGUUGUCAGACUCGUUCACGGUGGACGAUGUGAACGACACGGCCAAAGAGACGUGCCUCAACUGGUUCUUCAAGAUCGCCUCCAUCAGGGAGCUGCUGCCCAGAUUAUACGUUGAGGCUGCCAUUCUUAAAUGUAACCGCUUCCUCAACAAAUCUGGCAUUCAAGAGACGCUCCCUCGGUUGACGGCCAUGGUCAGAGGGAUCGGAGACCCGUUGGUGGCUGCGUAUACCAGAGCGUACCUCUGCAGGGUGGGCAUGGAGGUGGCCCCGCAUUUGAAAGACAGCUUGAACCGCAACUUUUUCGACCUGCUUGGGACCUUCCGCCAGAUCAGCGACGAGAUCGUGCGGAACCAGCUGGUGAUGCAGCGGGUGGAGGUGCCCGAGUACCUGACGCUCUAUUCGCCCGCCAUCAGCUGGAUCUUGCAGUGCAUCGCCCACCGAGCUCCAGAUCCUCUGCUAACAGAGAUGAUGGAGAGAUGCAAGAAAGUAGGAAACAAUGCCUUGCUGCUGAAUUCUGUUAUGAGGGCGUUCAGGCCGGAGUUCGUUGCAGCCAGAGCCACCGACUUCAUCGGGAUGAUCAAAGACUGCGAUGAGGCCGGCUUCCCGAAGCAUCUGCUGUUUGGAUCUCUGGGUCGCACCCUGGCUUGUGCCGACCCUCCAGAAUCUGAGAGGCUGACGAUCCUGAACGAAGCCUGGAAGGUCAUCACCAAAGUCCGCAGUCCUCAAGAUUACGUCAACUGUGCUGAAAUCUGGGUGGAGUUCACCUGCCGACACUUUACGAAACGUGAGGUCAACACCAUCCUCGCUGACAUCAUCAAACACAUGACCCCGGACCGGGCGUUCGAAGACGCCUAUCCUCAGCUGCAGUCGGUGAUCACGAAGAUCCUCCCCUGCUUCCAGGACUUCUCCGUCCUCUUCUCCAUGGAGCGCUUCCUGCCGUUCCUGGACAUGUUCCAGAAGGACAGUGUGAGAGUGGAGGUCUGCAGAUCCAUCAUGGAGGUCUUCAUCAAACAGCAGGUGGAUCUCACCAGAGACCCGGUCAUCCUCAACGCUAUGCUGCACAUCUGCAAGACCAUGCACGACUCUGUCAACGCUCUCACUACGGAGGAUGAGAAAAGAUCUUUGGCUCUGCUGAUCAUCGGCUUCAUCCGCAUGGUGUCUUUUGGCCGUGACUUUGAGCAGCAGUUGAGUUUCUGUGUGGAGGCCAGAGCCACCUUCUGUAACCUGGAGCCUGUUCUGGUGCAGCUCAUUCACACGGUGAACCAGCUGGCGAUGGAGACCAGGAGGGUGAUGAGGGGGAGUCACUCCCGCAAAACGGCAGCGUUCGUCAGGGCGUGCGCUGCCUACAGUUUCAUCACCAUCCCGUCUCUCAGCAGCAUCUUCAGUCGUCUCAGCCUCUACCUGCUCUCUGGUCAGGUUGCGUUGGCCAAUCAGUGCCUCUCCCAGGCGGAUGCCUUCCUGAAGGCAGCGGUCAGUGUUCUCCCGGAGGUCCCGCGCUCCAUCAGCGUGGACGGGAAACUUCGCUCCUCCGAAAACUUACUGCUGGACUUCAUCAACAACUUCUUGGCCAUGCUUCUGGUUGUCCCGGACCAUCCUGAGCAUGGCGUGCUCUACCUAGUCCGAGGUCUGCUCAACAUGGUGCAGGAUUACACGUGGGAGGACAACAGCGACGCCAAGGUGCGAGUUUACAUCAGCGCUCUGCCCCUGCUGGCCGCCAUGAGCCAGGAAACCUACCUUUACUCCGUCCCCAAAGUGGACUCCAACGAGACGCUCUACGGGGGAGACCCCAAGUUUCUCUCAGAAAUCAACAAACUGUGUGAGACCCUGAUCGGACAGAUCCUGGAUCAUCUGAAGACUCUGGGUCGUGACGAGCAGAACGCACGGCGUCAAGGCACUGUCGCCCUCUCUCUGUUCGCCGUCCUGCUGGCUCACGGCGACCUGAGGAACAACAAGCUGAGCCAGCUCACCAUCAACCUGUGGAACCUCAGCCACAAGCAUGGAUGCUGUGAGACUCGCAUCUCGGUGCGGACUCUGGAGUCCAUCAAACACCAGGCUCAGCAGCCCGACAUGGCUCACCUGUCCGAUACAGUCCAGAGGCUCACACUGCAGUCCCGCACCUGAACGCCCACAUCAUGUACUUACUAAAACAUUUCCCACAUGUCCACACACCAAGAUUGUGUAAAUAAAAGAUAACAAGAAGCACAAAGAACAAA